GAGUAUGCAUACUUCCCAUAAUUUGUAAAUAACAGAGCGCGGAAAGACAUUAUUGAAUAUUCUGUCCGGUAAAUGACAGUUAGAGACCUGUAAUAUGCUGAAAUUUCGUCUAUCCAACUUUCAGUUCGAAAUUCAUAUUGCUUAUGUCAUAUCAAGUGUGUUUUGUUAAUGUUACCAGAUGUCCCAACCUUUAAAUUUGAUCUCCAAACGAUCUUCGGUUCUACAGCGUCAAUCCUAUAAUCUUAGGGCACGGCAGAUGAAAUUACAUAGCGACCACUGACGACAAUUUGCAAAGAAGACUACUGAAGGACGUUGCUGACAUGUACCGUGAUACUUUUGAUCUGUCCGGAAGAGUUGAAGCCUGAUGCCAUUUCUCUCCUUGGGGACUACAAACAAAACGUAUUAUCAUGAAAAGUUGCCUUCUAAGGUAGACGAUGUGCAUAUUAAGCACAGUGAGCAUAUAGAAGACGUGUACACGGACCACACGUAUGUGUGUUUGUCAUCAGCCUGACUGUAUCCCUCUUGUCAUUGGCUCUGCUACGGACACGCCUCUUCUGGGAUUGCCGCCAUAGGAGGAACAUUAACUGAUCCGCCGCAUUCGGUCCAAGACUGUCUUAGCUGCCACUCUACUGCUCUGAUGUAGCGACAUUUGCAAUAACAAAAACGUGAAAUGGCCUUUACAGUAAGGUUCCUGACUUUGCAAUCGCUUUUGCCUCUGAUGUGGACAAUUCUAUUUUCAAUUCAUACUGAAGCGGUAGAGAGUAAGAAAAAUCUAACGGUGGUAGUGUUGGUGCCUUGGACCGGACCUUGGCCGAUAGGGAAACGCAUGGCCCCGGCGGCCGCCGUCGCCAUCGACGAUAUCAACAACAACGACGCCAUCCUGCCAGACUACCACAUCGACUUCGUCUGGAGAGACACGGGAUGCUCGGCCAGGGAAGGGACGGACGUCACCAUGGAGCUGUACGACGAGUUACGGGCGGAUCUUCGGGCCAUCAUAGGACCGGGCUGCGAUGCCGUCUGCGGACCAAUCGGAGUUUUAGCAGCCUCGUGGAACGUACCAGUCGUAUCGUGGGGGUGUGCUUCGUCUCAUCUCAGCAACAAGGACGAGUACCCGACAUUCGCCAGAACAGUGGGACCCUUCACCAAGACUGGGGCCCUCUUCGUGUCUCUGCUCAAGCACUUCGGUUGGAGCAGGGCCGCCAUCUUGGCUUCAACACAACAAGUAUGGCAGACCACGUCACACGCAAUCAAGUUGGCCCUGGAGGAUGACGGGAUAACUGUCGCCUUCUUCCAGAGUUUCGACCCUUGGUACGAGCAGAUGAGCGACCGUGAGAGGGCCAUGCACCAUGACGCUCUGGAGACUGCGAAGCAGAAGGCUAGAAGUAAUCAUUCCAACUUUCCUCAUGCCUUUCUGUGGUAG